AUGCCUCAGUGGCCAUGCGAAGUAUGUCGCUGGCUCAACGAAGAAAACGCAGACUCAUGUACGCAAUGCGAUCGGUCGACGCGUGAAGGCGAUCCCGGAAUGACAGAAGGCGAAUCGAGUUCGGAAGAUGAACAACCAGAAACACCAGCAAAAGACGAAAUAGACCAGGAAUAUGAGCUGCCAGAUGAGGAAGGAGGGGAAGAAGAUAACGAGGAGAAUAAUGACGAAUACGACAGGGAGAGCGGGGAGGAAGAACGCUGA